AUGUCUUAUCAUUACAAUGAAGCCUUUGAAAAUCCAGACUACCACUUUGCAGAGACACUGGAGAUUGAUAGAAGGAGGAGUUCUCAAAAGAACCUGUUCCCUCACCAAACCUCUUAUGAUUCUUCACUGCGUGGUUCCUGGGAAGAACACAGUGGAAGAGAACAAAAUUAUCCUCUGGCCAUUCCAAUGGCCUCCAUGAGACGUGGCUCUGAAUACAGCGAAGGUUUACUGAGAAUUAGUGUCCCAAGCAGAAGUCCACAUGGAAAUUCCAUGGAUAAUUGUUCAUUUGAGCCUGAGCCAGAACUAGCAUACAGCCCAGCUUCUACCUUUCACCAGCUGGAUCACCCCUAUGCCCACAGAAUUUCCAGUGGGUCAGAAGAGGAGAAGUUAGUUGGAAAUCUUGCAAAUAUGUCCACUAGUGAAAGGAUUAAAGCAAUCCAGAAGAUGACAGAGACCAUGAAAAAAAAGAGAGAGAUCAGGAAUAAAGUUCUUACAGAAGUAACAAAAAAAUCAAGACACAGCAGUAGGCAGCUUUCCUGCUGUACACAGUGUCUGCAGGGAACAGUAAUGUCAUUUCGGCGGUUUGGAAGUAGCUUGUCAGAACAUUUUCACCAACUGCAUGCAUGGCACAAGACUCUGAAGAUCAUUGGUGCUGAGUUUGGAACAAGUGUUCUCUCUUAUUUUAUUUUCUUGAAGUGGCUGAUAACUUUAAAUGUCUUCUCAUUCCUCAUAAACUUCAGUUUCAUCACAGUCCCUCAGUUUGUUGCAGCAGAACGAAAUAACCUUUCAUUCAUGGGUCUGGAGCUGUUCACUGGAGCUGGCUACUUUCAGCAAACAGUACUCUACUAUGGCUUUUACACCAAUGCUACAAUCAGUAAAAUAGAGGAUGGUCCAUCUUACAACAUGCAGCUGGCCUAUAUUUUCACUGUUGGAGUAUAUUUUGUCAUCUGUUUUCUUAUCUUGUUGUUCAGCAUGGCAAAAUCCUUCUGCAGGAACUUUAUUAGCCCUCAGAGAUACUCUGGAAAUGCUAGCAAACUUCUCUGCACUUGGGACUUCAAUAUGACUAAUGAAAAAGCCGUGAAGCUGAAACAAAAGAAUCUCAGCACACAAAUAAAGGAAGACCUCACUGCUGUAAACCAAGAAGUUCUAAAUUUUUCUGUACAAGAGAGAAUUGUUCAUAUUGUUAUUCAUUUUGUUUCUUGGAUUGCUUCCCUGGGAACAGCAGUAGCUGCUUGUGCUGGUGUUUACUUCCUCUCCAUUAAUAACCUAAAGCUGUUUGUGAAAGAACAUAAAAAUGACUUAGAGAGCCAAGCUGCCAUGUUGGUGCUACCUGUUGUCGCAUCUUUCCUCAAUGCAUUCAUGCCAUUCUUCUACUCCUGGCUUGGACACCUGGAGGGAUUUCAGACUCCUGGGCAACAGAUAUAUGUCACUAUUACCAGAAAUAUCAUCCUGAAAAUAUCCAUUGUUGGAAUACUGUGCUACUACUGGCUUAACAUUGUGGCUGCAUCAGAGUCACAGUGCUGGGAAACUCUGGUUGGCCAAGAUAUCUAUCGCCUCCUUGUAGUUGACUUCAUAUUUUGUUUGUUUGGUUCUUUCUUUGGAGAGUUUUUACGAAGAAUUAUUGGAACUACAGUCUGUGUCAGCAUGGGGCUGCCAGAGUUUAAUAUCGGGCAAAAUGUUUUAGAUUUGAUCUACGCGCAGACGUUGACCUGGAUCGGUAUCCUCUUCUCACCUCUGCUGCCUGGUAUCCAGACACUAUCAUUUUCUAUAGUAUUUUAUGUGAAAAAGGUCAGUCUGAUGAUGAAUUGCCAACCCCCUCGCAAAAUCUGGAGAACUGCUCAAAUGACAACAUCCUUCAUGUUCCUGCUGUUUUUCCCUUCCUUCCUUGGAGUCCUGACUGUCAUUGGAGUCACUGUCUUUAGGUUAAAACCUUCAGAAGAAUGUGGUCCUUUCAGAGGUUUGUCUUCUAUGUAUGCUGCAGUCUCUGAGUGGGUAAAAAUAUUGGAAAAUUACACUGCCUCAAAAUGGGUAGUGUGGAUCUACCAUAACUUAAUUACAAGUGAACUUUUCUUCUUCGUCCUCUCCACUCUUGUCCUAAUUAUUACUUAUAUCUACUGGCAAAUAGUAGAAGGAAGAAGGGCCAUGACCAAACUCUUACAUAAGCAAAUUAUUUAUGUAGGAAAAGAUAAAAUAUUUUUACGUGACAAACUACGAGCACUGGAAAGGGCAAAGCAAAAUAUGUCUGUGCCACGAGGACAAGACCAGCAG